UUGAUUUUUUCCCCUGGCGGUCAUUUGUGACGUCAUCAUCGAGCGACAUCUCCAUUCGAAGUAAUCUGAUGUUUGUCCAUUAGCCGCAGUGUUUGUAUUUUUGUUAUUUUAGUAUUAAUGUGUGGCUUAUAAUAUCUUUAUACAGGUUUUGGUUUGCAUAGGGACUCUUAUGUCUUAGGAUGACUAACACAGACAAAGAGGAAGGUGCUGCUGCUGCUGCUGCAGCCAGCGACAAGCUGAAAGAGACGGAGAAGAAGAAGAGGUACCGGGUCAAACAGCUGCUGGGAGACGUGAAGAAGCAGGUGGAGUUCUGGUUUGGAGAUGCCAACCUUCACAAGGACCGUUUCCUGAAAAAAAUCAUAGACGAGUCUGACGAUGGAUAUGUUGACAUAUCUGUGUUGACGAGCUUCAACCGAAUGAAGAAGCUGACAACGGACCCAAAGCUGAUUGCCAGGGCACUGAAAAAUUCUACUGUAGUGGAGGUUAACCUUGAAGGAAACAAAGUCAGGCGUCAACAUCCGCUUGGAGACUCCCCCGUCAACAGCGACAGCUGCACCGUCUACGUGGAACUUCUACCCAAGGAUGUGUCCCACAGCUGGAUAGAGAGAGUGUUCUCCAAAUGUGGGAAUGUGUUGUAUGUUAGCAUACCCAGAUACAAGUCGACGGGCGACUCCAAGGGGUUUGCCUUUGUGGAAUUUGAGAACGAAGAACAAGCGCAGAAAGCAAUUGAGAUGCUGAACAACCCUCCUGAGGAUGCUCCCAGGAAGCCAGGGAUUUUUCCCAAGACUCUACAUAGGAAGCCAAUUCCUAUCACCGGUGAAGAAGAGGAGAAGAAAAAGCGUAAGAAGAAAAAGAAGAAAGAUGCUUCCACAGCCCGGAUGUCUGCAGGAGAAGUUAAGGAGAUGGAGACCGAAGCCCCUCAGCCAAAGAGGAAACACUCGGCAGCUAAAGAGUCUGAUAAAAAACUCCAGAGCACGGAGAAAGAGCAGACUAAAGUGUCCGAGAAGAAGCGGCGCCGCUCUCAGACUGCGGAGGGAUCUGAGAGUGAAGUACCAUCAAAGAUUAGAAAAACCAGCCACAGCGAAUCCGAAGAGAAAGAGAAAGAAAAGAGCGAUUUAGCCACUGAAGGCGAUGCAGAGGGAGAUGUGGAGAAGGGAAACGAGAACGGCGACGAUUCCGCCGUGAAGGCCAAGAGGAAGCGGAAAAAGAAACACAAAGAAAAACUGAAAAUCGGAGAAGAAGUCAUUCCACUACGAGUUUUAUUGAAGAAAGAGUGGCUCCAGCUGAAGCAGGAGUAUCUGGCUCUGCAGAAGAGCAGCAUGUCGUCCUUGAAGAGGUGCAUCAAUAAGAUUGAUAGCAAAGAGCAGGGAAGCACUGAAGACAGGAGCGUUAAAACCAAAAAAGAAAACAACCAGAGUCCUCAGUUUGUCAGCGGCGUCAUCAUGAAGAUUACAGACAGCAAACCUCUACCAGCAAGGAAGAUCCUCAAAGAGACUCUCUGCCAAGUAUCCAAAGUGGCGUACGUUGACCUCCUGGAUGGAGAUUCAGAGUGUUAUAUCCGCUUUUGCACACCGGAGGGCGCCAAAGCGGUGUGUGAUGCCAGAGCAGAGCUGCAGAAGGAGCACAGCUGGAAACUUGAGAUUCUAGCAGGAGAUCAUGAGCAGCGGUAUUGGCAGAAGAUCCUCGUGGACCGGCAGGUGAAGCUGAAUCGCCCCAGAGAGAAGAGGAGGGGCACAGAAAAGCUCAUUUCUAAAGCCGAAAAAAUCAUGAUGGCAAGAGCUAAGGAGGAAAACAAACACAUCCGCUUCGAGGAGGACUGACGGCUGCACAGGAUGUUUCCCUUCCUAGAGGAGGACUUGAAUGGUUUUAAGUAGUUUCUGUCCUUUUUUAUUUGUUGUUUUGGCACUAGAGUUCCAAAAAUGCCAUGUACUGCUAAUGAAGCUGCUUUAAGAGCUUUCUUUACCAGGUUAAUGUGUGUUUACAGCAGUCCUGUAUAGAUACUACAUGUACAUGAACUAUUGUUUUUUUUUCUAAUAAAAAGCCAGAAUUUCA